GCUGGAGGACCCACAAGUCUGGUUCCUACCUUGAGAGCCUCUUCCCGUAGGCAAUGCGCACUCAGGCACCGGAGGACAGAGGUGGCCAGCCAACACCUUCACUGGGGCCCUCACCCGCAAGCAGGACCAGACGCUGUGAGUGGCCACCCUCAUCAUCGCCGGGACAAGGCCAACGGCUGACAGGGCUAAGGAACACCAUUGUGUGCGACCAGCAAACAGUGCCAGUCUGAGUCCCAUCAUGCCAGGCCAGCUCUCGCUCUGCAGCAUCCUUCUCCCUUGGGCCCUCACCUUCAUCCAUAAAACCCUGGGGGACCCAGCGCCCCACCCCGGCCCCCACUACCUCCUGCCCCCCAUCCACGAAGUCAUUCACUCUCGUCGUGGGGACACGGCCACACUACCCUGCGUCCUGGGCGCCCCGCCUCCCAGCUACAAGGUGCGCUGGAGUAAGGUGGAGCCCAGGGAGCUCCGGGAGACACCGAUCCUCAUCACCAACGGGCUCCACGCCCGCGGCUACGGGCCCCUGGGGGGACGGGCGAGGCUGCGGAGGGGCCACCGGCUGGACGCCUCCCUGGUCAUCGCGGGCGUGCGCCUGGAGGACGAGGGCCGGUACCGCUGCGAGCUCAUCAACGGCAUCGAGGAGGAGAGCGUGGCGCUGACCCUGCGCCUGGAAGGCGUGGUGUUUCCGUACCAGCCCAGUCGGGGCCGGUACCAGUUCAAUUACUACGAGGCCAAGCAGGCGUGCGAGGAGCAGGACGGCCGCCUGGCCACCUAUGCGCAGCUGUACCAGGCCUGGACGGAGGGGCUGGACUGGUGUAACGCGGGCUGGCUGCUGGACGGCUCGGUGCGCUACCCGGUGCUCACGGCGCGCGCUGCGUGCGGCGGCCGCGGCCGCCCAGGCAUCCGCAGCUACGGCCCUCGCGACUGGAAGCGCGACCACUACGACGCCUUCUGCUUCUCCUCGGCCCUCGCAGGUGAGNNNNUCUUCGUCCCGGGCCGGCUGACCCUGUCGGAGGCCCACGCGGCGUGCGGGCGGCGCGGGGCCGCGGUGGCCAAGGUCGGGCACCUCUACGCCGCCUGGAAGUUCUCGGGGCUGGACCAGUGCGACGGCGGCUGGCUGGCGGACGGCAGCGUGCGCUUCCCCAUCUCCACGCCGCGGCCGCGCUGCGGGGGCCUCCCGGACCCCGGGGUGCGUAGCUUCGGCUUCCCCCGCCCGGAGCAGGCGGCCUACGGCACCUACUGCUACGCAGAGAAGUAGGGGCCCAGCGCGCCCCUACGCUCGGGGGUCGUGUCGGAGUCCCCCGCAGGCCUGUCCUCCCGCCAGACGGGGAGCGACCUCUCCCGAUCCCCCUCCCGGGGCCCAGGCUGCGGGGCCGAGGACCCGGCUGGCCCGGUGUCUGGGAGCGGAGGGCGUCUUGACCUUCAGAACGACCCACGAUCGAGGACUGACGCCAAGGGGACUGUCACCGAAAGGGGGGCCGGUGGGGCACCCAGGGGCAUUAACUCAUCUCUAUACAGCAAUAAAAUAACUCGGGGACCGGU